GGCAGUGUCAACCUUUCUUUUUUCUUAUGCUUUUUUUUAAUGAUUUUUAUUCUGUUUGACUUAAACCUUUUAAUGAACGGUAGAUGCAUGUUUUGGAGUACGACGGAGUAUUAGGGCCACAUUGAGAAAAAAAAUAAUUGGACAUUUCGAGAAUAAAGUCGUAAAUGUAUGAGAAAAAACUCGUAAUAUUACGAGAAUAAAGUUGUGUAUUUAUGAGGAAAAAACUUGUAACAUCAUGUGACAGGCGUUGCCUGAGACAGCUAUGAAAAUGGUUCACUUAUGUGACCUUUGGCCUUGGGCAUGUGCAGGGUGCGGGGUAAAGAAGGCGGAAGUGAGAAGGGCUAGACGUGUUAAUCCGUCAUAAAUAAAAGCUUCCCUGAAGAGCAAUGCUCUAUUUUCCCUCUACCAUGUAUGACACGGAAUAUUACGAAUUUAUUCUGGUAAUAUUACGACUUUUUUUCUCAUAAAUGUACGACGUUAUUCUCGUAAUAUUACAACUUUUUUCUUGUAAAUUUACAUCUUUAUUCUCAAAAUCUCUGAUUUUUUUUUCAAUGUGGCCCUAGUAAUACGAAUACAAUAAAAUUGACAGAAUAAAAUAAAUAUUUUUCUAAAAAUAGAAAUCUUUCCUGCGUAACUUAAACCAGUACAAAUCCAGUGUCCAGCUUUUCUGUGUUAAAGUUCAAUUAACAACUCACACACAUGUUAACAGUGGUCAUCUGUGCAGUUCCGUGCUGCACACGCAAGGGAUCAAACCCGCGACCACACAUCCCCGUUGAUUGAGAGUUAAGUCCUGCUCGACUUUUAGCCAAUGAGCUAAAAGCCCGCGGUUUUUCAACCUUCAACUUUUCAGCUUUUGGCAUCCCGUGUUCAGAGGACAAAACAUAAUUAUUAGAAUAACAUCAAGAGAGCAGAGUUGUUAAAUGACACAAAGUGAGCUAGCAUGGCUACUACCGCUAAGCUAGCACGUGAACGUGAUAGCCAUUUGUAGCUUCCCCCCGUUGCUUAGUUGUUUGUUUCCACUGCGGUAAAAACUGACAUUUGGAGCUGGAAGACCAGAAGCUAGCUAGCUGCCGCCAAGCUGAGGCAGAGUGACAGCCAAGAAAAAGGGAAUAAAUAAAGAUGCCAGAAAGGUUGAAUGGCAAUGAGAUGUGCAGGUUAGCAAUCAGACACUCUGGCAUUGAUUGGCUUAGGCUGUGGUAAGAUGACUCUCUUUGACUAUAUGACAGACAAUCUUUCAUUCCCACAGUAAUCCAGGUGCGUCCUUUUUCAGGUCAAUAAGGGACGCAUACUCUUGUUUUUAAAUACGGGACGAUUCAUUUUUUCAAGGGACAGUUGGCAACUGUGUCAGCCAGUGUCAUGUGAAAAGCUGUCAGUGUGGAGGCCAAGAUCUACUUCUCGUUCCCGGGAGAACUUCUCAUGAGGAUGCUGAAGAUGCUCAUCCUGCCUCUCAUUACAUCCAGUCUGAUGUCGGGUUUGUCGUCCAUGGAGUCGAAGGCAUGCUGCCGCAUGGGUGUGCUGACCGUCACAUACUACCUGUGGACCACCUUCAUCGCUGUGGUGGUGGGCAUCGUGCUGGUGAUCAUCAUCAAGCCCGGCGUGGGCACCGAGAUGGAGAGCAACCGGCUGGGGGGCGGGCCUGUCAUGACCUCGGCAGACGCCCUCCUUGACCUGAUCAGGAACAUGGUGCCUUCCAAUCUGAUCGAGGCGACGUUCCAGCAGUACAAAACAGACCUGGUGCCCAUCCUGAAGGUCCCGACCAAAACCAUCCAGCCCAACUUCGUGUAUGUGGUCCCGGACGAGAGCGACCCCAAAGGUCGCACGGUGUUCCUGGAGCUGACUCCGCCCCCCGAAGUCACAUACAAGACAAGUCCCGGCAGCAGCCAGCAGAUGAACGUGCUCGGCAUUGUCAUCUUCUCGGCCACCAUGGGUCUGUUGCUGGGCAGAAUGGGCGAGCGAGGAGCGCCACUGGUCAACGUGUGUCAGUGCAUCAAUGAGUGCGUCAUGAAGAUCAUCAACGCGGCUGUGUGGUACUUCCCAUUCGGGAUCAUCUUCUUGGUGGCGGGAAAGAUCCUGGACAUGCAGGACCCGAGCACGCUGGGAAAGAAGCUGGGGUGGUACGGCAUCACCGUGCUCGCCGGCCUCUUUGUGCACGGCUUGGUGCUCCUCCCCCUCUUUUACUUCCUGCUCACCAGGAAGAACCCCUUCAAGUACAUCCGUGGGCUGCUGCAGGCCAUGGUCAUCGCCCUGGCCACCUCCUCCAGCUCAGCAACGCUGCCCAUCACCAUGAAGUGUCUGCUGGAGAACUGUCACGUGGACCGCCAGAUUGCACGUUUCGUUCUACCUGUGGGCGCCACCAUCAACAUGGACGGCACGGCGCUUUACGAGGCUGUGGCGGCCAUCUUUAUUGCCCAGGUCAACGACUACGAGCUGGACUUUGGCCAACUGGUGACCAUCAGCAUCACCGCCACUGCCGCCAGCAUUGGCGCAGCCGGCAUCCCUCAGGCAGGCCUGGUUACCAUGGUGAUCGUGCUGACGUCAGUGGGCCUACCCCCCGAUGACAUCACCCUCAUCGUGGCCAUUGAUUGGAUCCUGGACAGAUUUCGGACCAUGAUCAACGUGCUGGGUGAUGCCUUGGCGGCAGGCAUCAUCGCCCACCUGUGUCGCAAAGACUUUCCCCUGAGUGGGACGGGAAAGGGUGUCCCCUCUUACGGCACGCACACCCCCCACAACCACAACCACAGCGUGGACGUGCCCAUGAGCGAGAUCCACACACACAAAGAUGGCGACGCAGUAUUGGAGAGGCACGCACACACCGUCUAUUACAACAUCUGUCAGGUGUGAGCCAUGGCGACGCUCCGACCCUAACUGUGGCAUCGUGUGUGAAGUCAAGGUCAGCCACAUGUUUGGACAUCAAAGGAAAGACUCUUUGAUGUCUCUGACGACCUAAGUGCUCUUCUUCAUGUGUGUGCUCGACAGCAUGCCGGCAUGCAUCUCUCUGUCUGCCUCUCGUGCUUUACUUCCUGUUUCCUGUUUGCGAUGCAGGCAGCUAACUCGUCCACACUGGCUUUGUGCAUUUAUUCCUUUACUCUGAAUUUAAUUUCAUUUUGGGAAACGAAGGAUGAAGAGUGGACGUUCCUCAUCUUUCUCUGUGAAGAAGUCAAACAGGAAGUAGUUCUGCCUUAACUGGAUGGUCCUUCAUUACAAUCCUCACACAUUCAUGUGUUCAUCUGCCAACGCACAAAAACACUCACUUUUUCUAUCUUUUUGAUUUUUUUUUGUAUUGUUAUGUACAAAAACAUAAAAAGUCUUCAUAAAAAAGUUUUUGUAUUCCAUCAGCCAUGUGCUAGCGUAGCACAGCAUAGUGUGAAUGGUGUGAAUGUGAGGGUGAAUGCUUGUGUCCUGUGAUUGACAGACAACCAGUCCAAGGUGUAACCCGCCUCCAACUCACCUUUGACCCUG